UGGUGAAGGAAGAGAUCUCCGAUGACAACGCGAGGCUCCCGUGUUUCAAUGGCCGGGUGGUGUCCUGGCUGGUGUCGGCCGAGGGCUCGCACCCUGAGCCAGGCUCCUUCUGCCCCGACAACCCCUCCGAGCUGCCACCCCCCAUGGAACGCACCGGCGGCAUCGGGGACUCGCGGCCUCCCUCCUUCCAGAGCGGCCCCGGCGGAGGGAUGGGCCGGAGCAUGGCGGUGCGUACCCCCUCACCCUGACCCCGGCCCCCUGCCCGUCCCACUGACUGGACCCUGGCGGCCCCCCAGAGGCCACGGGUCCCCCCAGAGGCCGCAGGUCCCCCCGGCAGGCUGGCAGUGGCAGGUCCAGACGGGGGUCCUCAGAUUCCAUUCUCCCCAUCACACCCCACUACCUCUCCCGGGCCCGCCUGGCCUGGAAUCUGGGCCCCCCUUGGUGUGCCCGGCCCCCCGGCCUCUCCCAUCCCCUGCCCCCUCCUCCACAGUGUCCCGGAUAAACGGUACGGCCAAAGGGGAGCGGAGGAGGGAGCCCGGGGGCUACGACAGCUCUUCCACCCUCAUGAGCAGCGAGCUGGAAACCACGAGCUUCUUCGACUCCGACGAGGAUGAUUCGACCAGCAGGUUCAGCAGCUCCACAGAGCAGAGCAGCGCCUCCCGCCUCAUGAGGAGACACAAGCGGCGCCGGCGGAAGCAGAAAGUGGCCCGGAUCGAGCGGUCCUCAUCCUUCAGCAGCAUCACGGAUUCCACCAUGUCCCUCAACAUCAUCACCGUCACGCUCAACAUGGAGAAAUACAACUUCCUGGGCAUCUCCAUUGUGGGUCAGAGCAACGAACGGGGUGAUGGGGGCAUCUACAUUGGCUCCAUCAUGAAGGGUGGCGCCGUGGCCGCUGAUGGGCGGAUCGAGCCGGGGGACAUGCUCCUACAGGUAAACGACAUCAAUUUUGAGAAUAUGAGUAAUGACGACGCUGUCCGGGUGCUCCGGGAAAUCGUGCACAAACCAGGGCCCAUCACCUUGACAGUGGCCAAGUGCUGGGACCCCAGCCCCAGAGGCUGCUUCACCCUGCCCAGGAGUAAGUGGAUGGGGGAGUCGGCCCUAAAGCUGGUGCCUGGCACAUGUGAGCCAAUCCGACCCAUUGACCCUGCGGCCUGGGUGUCCCACACAGCAGCAAUGACAGGCACCUUCCCUGCCUAUGGCAUGAGCCCCUCCCUCAGUACCAUCACCUCUACUAGCUCUUCCAUCGCCAGCUCCAUUCCUGACACUGAACGCCUCGAUGACUUUCACCUGUCCAUCCACAGCGACAUGGCCACCAUAGUCAAAGCUAUGGCUUCACCUGAGUCUGGGCUGGAGGUCCGAGACCGAAUGUGGCUCAAAAUCACCAUCCCCAACGCUUUCAUCGGUUCAGAUGUAGUGGACUGGCUGUACCACAACGUGGAAGGCUUCACAGACCGGCGAGAGGCCCGGAAAUACGCCAGCAACCUACUGAAAGCCGGUUUCAUCCGACACACAGUCAACAAGAUCACCUUCUCAGAACAGUGCUAUUAUAUCUUUGGUGACCUCUGUGGCAACAUGGCUAACUUGUCCCUGCACGACCAGGACGGCUCCAGUGGGGCCUCGGACCAAGACACGCUGGCUCCUCUCCCUCACCCCGGAGCUGCCCCGUGGCCCAUGGCCUUCCCUUAUCAGUACCCACCCCCCCCACAUCCCUAUAAUCCUCACCCCGGCUUCCCCGAGCCCGGGUACAGCUACGGCGGCGGGGGGAGUGCGGGCAGCCAGCACAGUGAAGGCAGCCGGAGCAGCGGCUCCAACCGCAGCGGCAGCGACCGGCGGAAGGAGAAGGACCCAAAGGCCGGGGACUCCAAGUCAGGGGGCAGCGGAAGCGAGUCGGACCACACGAGCCGAAGCAGCCUGAGGCGGGAGAGAGCCCCCAGCGAACGCUCAGGCCCAGCCGCCAGCGAGCACAGCGUCCGCAGCCACCACUCGCUGGCCCACAGCCUCCGCAGCCACCACACACACCAGUCCUAUGGGCCCCCGGGGGUGCCCCCGCUGUACGGCCCGCCCAUGCUGAUGAUGCCCCCUCCACCCGCUGCCAUGGGCCCCCCGGGCGCCCCCCCGGGCCGAGACCUGGCCUCGGUGCCCCCAGAACUGACCGCCAGCAGACAGUCCUUCCGCAUGGCCAUGGGAAACCCCAGUGAGUUCUUUGUGGAUGUGAUGUGAGCGGUUCCCAUCCCCCUCUCCGGCCCCCCGUCCUGUCCCCCACAUCCCAGGGCUGGCGCCGUCGCCAGCCCUCUCUUUUGACUUGUCUGGUAACUAAACAAAGGGAAAUAAACAGA